UUCACUUAUGCAGCUUGUUUGUUAGGUUUAAGUUUUUUUAUAAAGUUUUGUAUUACAUUUGAUCAGUUUUUCAAUAAAAAUGUAUUGAUUUGAUUUAUUAGUGAAUAAGCUUCGUUAAAUGUAAGAGUGAAAAUGGAGAAGAUAAACAGCAGUUUGCUAUUGAUAUCCCUCUGUGCUUUGUUAUGGGGUGUGGCCGGCCAAUACGAGUGGCAAUUGAGAGAUGCUUUCGAUGAAAUUAGAGGCAGAAUUGACAGGGUUUCUGCAGAUAACUGCUAUAUUACACAUCUUGAUGAUUUGUUUCUUCCGUCAGACUCUGUUUCGCAUCAUCCGGAUGUAAAAGAGAUCAAUAUUAACCCUGUCUUUCCUAACCGAACGGCGUUGCUUCAUUUACACAAUAUGGCAAUGAAUCGAGCGUUUUUCUGGAGCUAUAUCCUUCAGUCUAGGUUUAUCCGACCGGCUAUCAAUGAUACAUAUGAUCCUGGCAUGAUGUAUUACUUUCUUUCAUCAGUGGCGGAUGUUUCUGCAAAUCCGUACAUAAACGCCAGUUCUUUAUACUUCUCGCCGAAUAUGUCCUACACGUCGUCAUAUAGAGGGUUCUUCAAUAAGACCUUGGCCAGGUUCGCACCUAGAGCCUACAGAUCUGAUGACUUUAAUGAUCCUGUGCAUCUACAGAAGAUCUCAACCAUGAAUACAUUUAUUGCUGAAGAUCUGGGAGCAUUUGAUCCAGAGAGUUUGUCCAAAGACUAUGCAUCUGAUUUUUACCGCACUAAUGAAUGGUACAGCAAGUGGCUUCCUGAUAGGGUUGGAGAUCGACAUGACACAAAAACAACCUACCAGGUUGAAAUAAGAUAUGCAAAUAACACUAAUGAGACAUUUACAUUUCACGGACCUCCUGGUAAUGAUGAGGUACCAGGCCCUGUGAACUGGACGCGCCCUUACUUUGACUGCGGAAGACUGAACAAGUGGCUGGUUGCCGCAGUCUCUCCAGUUGCAGAUAUCUUCCCUCGGCAUACACAGUUCAGACACAUUGAAUAUCCUAAAUAUACAGCUGCUGUGGUGAUGGAGAUGGACUUUGACAGGAUAGAUAUAAACCAAUGCCCUGAGAGUCAGGGUAAUGAUAAGCCGAACCGAUUUAAAGCAACAGCAAGAUGCAAAAACGAAACAACAGAGUGCGAGCCUAUUCACGGCUGGGGUUUCCGCCGCGGCGGCUACCAGUGCCGCUGCAAGCCGGGCUACCGCCUGCCGAGCGUCGUCCGUCGCCCGUAUCUAGGCGAGAUCGUCGAACGAGCCACCUCCGACCAGUACUUUAACAACUUUGACUGUCUGCCUAUUGGAUGGAUCCAGCGACUGCCCGUGAAAUGGGAGCGUUCGCUGCCGUUCCUCCGCGCCAUGUACCUGGACAAGUACUACGAGUACGUGAACGCGAGCUCCGGCCCGGCCGCGCUGCACUCCGAGCACCCCAAUGUCUAUGAAGUACUUAGUUUCAUACGGAGUGUGCAGCCUCACAACUGCUCAUUAUACAACCCAUCCGACCUCUUCUUGAACGGCGACAUCGCUUACGGUGCAGAGGAACAAUUCGCUAACCAGGCCAAGAUGGCAGUCCGCUUGGCCAACUUCAUCAGCGCGUUCCUGCAGAUAUCCGACCCGAUGGAGGUGUUCAGCGGCACACGCGUCGCCGACAAGCCGCUCACUGAGGACCAGAUGAUUGGCGAGACCCUGGCUCUAGUGCUUGGAGACUCCAAGAUUUGGUCUGCCGGCAUAUUCUGGGACAGAAACAAAUUCAUAAAUCGAACUUUCUUCGCACCAUUCGCUUACAAGACUGAACUCAACACUAGGAAAUACAAACUUGAGGAUCUUGCUAGGCUCAAUACUACUGAGGAACUGUACACAAACCGACCAUGGUUCCAAUUCCUGAAACAACGCUGGUUGACCAACUUUGACAAUCUCGAGAAAUUCUUCCUAAAAAUGAAGAUCCGCGACGACGAGUUCGGAAAAUACUUGAAACACUACGAGAGAUUCCCGACGUCGUACAUGGCAGCUAACCUGAAGCAUGGCUACUGGACCACGCCCUACUUUGACUGUAAAGGGCAUCUGAAGCAGUGGGUUACCACGUAUGCCGCGCCGUUCUUUGGGUGGGACAGUGUUAAAGUUAAAUUGGAAUUCAAGGGUGUGGUGGCAGUGACAAUGCAGCUGAUGUCCUUGGACAUCAACCAGUGCCCUGACAAGUACUACGUGCCAAACGCCUUCAAGGGAACCGAUAAAUGUGACAGGCUAUCUUCUUAUUGUGUACCAAUCCUCGGUCGCGGUUUCGAAGCCGGCGGCUACAAGUGCGAAUGUCUCCAAGGCUACGAGUACCCGUUCGAGGACGAGAUCACGUACUACGACGGGCAGAUCAUGGAGGCCGAAUUCCAGAACGUCAUCGAGGACAAGAAGACUCGCAUAGACAUGUUCAAGUGCAGGCUAGCGGGCGCGGCGGCCAUACAGAGCAGCUUCGCUGUGCUACUAGCCGUCUUAUAUUUAGUUUAUAAGCUUAGGUAAACAAUGCACAGAUAAUUAAAAGCUUAAAGUUAUUGCGGCGGACAAAUAAAAGCCCCUUGGGUAAGCCCUUUAAAAUUGUACAAGACGUACGCAGAGUAUACGUGUGAGCCGACUUUGAUACGUACAAAUUUAAUUUAAAAAAAUGUGCGCCGCAAUGGGCUGCUGAUUUAGACUUGCAAUGACAUGGAGUUGAAAUCUUGACCGGAAAAAUGCCUUAUACGAAAUAAUUAAGGUGUAAAUAUGUAGACAAUUUUUCAUUUUAUUUCCAAAAGCUAUAAAAAAUACCUGAUAGUUAUAAUCUUACUUAUUAUUUUUAAGAGUUGUACUCUUUUAUUUUCGAAUGUUCAAUAUUUACAUUGUAUCCGAUUUUUCUAUUUAAAUAUAAAAUAAAAUAAGUAAUGUUGACUUCCGAUGCGUCAGGGCCGUCCAUAUAACAUUAGACUGAUGUGGUUAUGUUGAAUCUCAUUUGUGGUAUUUAAUAAUUAUAUAUGCAUUUAGUUAGGAGUUAGUUAACAUUUUAUAUACUGAUAUUAUCCGCGUAUUAUUUAUUUUUACUUAUCGUACUUACAUUUUUUUCGGUUAUAGAUUUACAUAUUUCUUUAUUUUUUGUUUGAGUUUUAUAAUAGUUUCUUUUUUAUGAUUUAUUUUUGUCCGUGCCGUCCAUAUUUGAGACUGACUGUGAAGUUUAUGCGACGAAAGUUGAGGUCGAUGUUAUUUACAUUCCCAGGUAGGUAUUUUUUUUACAAACUACUCGCGUGAGCUGUGUACAAAAGCAAUUACAUUUGAAAGCAUUUAUUAAAAGCAAAAGCAUUUAUUAAAAGCAAUCACACUAGAUUAAAUGAUGCUAUUCCAGUGAAGUUGUUAGUAGAUAUGUCAUAUGACACUUGUCAAUUAGUUAGGUAUAAGAAAAUCAUAUGAUCCUUUGGAAAAUCGCACAAGUAUUAAAUUUUGUGGUAACUAUAAAGAGUAAUAAGAAAUAAGUAACCUUAGAGUGCUCACUCCAUAGGUACAUGGAUUAAAUAAAAACCCAUUUAUAAUAAGUUUUAAACAAGCUUUCCGAAAAUAAUUUGUAAUAAAAUUUAAGCUAAUUUGUUAAUAGCGAAUUUAACAUACCUUCCGUACAACUUAUCUUAUUUCUAUAUGGCUUGCAAUAGCUUUCUUGCUUUCUGUAAAGGAAGGGUAGAAGUAGAAAUCUCAAUUAGUUUUACUAAAAUGAACAUUAUUAUAUAUAGGGCCAUGACAAAGUUUAAAUGUACUGGACUAGUCAAGGUAUUGAAUAUAAAACUAUGAAGACGCAUUUAUUUUAUUUCAUGAGUAACCAUCGCGGUUACCGAAGAUAGCAUUAAAUAUAGAUAAUAAAACUCCAAAAAGUGGGUACAUACCACUCAAAAAAAAAAACACUACCUUAUUGUAUGGGCAAUAAGGCCGUAUAUACAUAUUUUGGCAUUUUGUUCCGUGUCCAUAUUUAAUACCUUGACUGUAUACACUGCUAGAAUUCAUUGUCUAAUCUAAAGGAAUUCAUAAGAAAUGGCAGAAAUGGUAAACAAACUAAUUUACUGUAAUGACUUCAUAAUCACACACUUCAAAAGUGUAUACAUAUACACUUAUACUAUACCUUGUAUUUACUUUUCUAUCUACUUAAAAAUUCUGUCCCUAGAGAUUAGGUAUUCAAUCUCCAAAGCAAACUUCUUUAAAAUAUUAGACGUCUCAAAUGGUAACAAAAUCUGUCACCUUUGUUUUACCUUUUUUACGAUUUCUAUUGGAUGUUUGUCCGAUUGAAAUAAUAUUAUAAUUUUCUAUAUUUGUAGCACAAGCAUUUGACGUGGUGGUGGGUUGUUGACGGUUUAAGCUUUAACGAAACGUGUAGUUGCAAAACUAGUGUUUCUAGAUCUAUUAAUUGACGAUAGUUCGAAUCGGGCAGUCAGUCGCACGAAACGUUUCGUUCAUUCAACUAGUUCCAUGAGUCGACGACCACCACUUUUGACGUUAAAGAGUUCCCCAGCCGGGCUAGCACAUGAUUGGCGCUACAGUAUCUCGCGGCGAGAUAGACUAACCGUACCUCUUUAAUUAACAG